AUGAACGCUGACGAAAUCGCCGCCGAGAACCGCCGAAAGCGCACGUUCAAGAAGUUCACCUACCGUGGUGUCGAGGUCAGUGUCGUGGCCGCUUCCCUCUUGCCCGCGCCACGCCUGCGCCGCGCGCCGUGCAUUGCCAACAUGCGACAACACAAAGGCGCCGAACUAACCCAACCGUUUACGCUGUUCUACAGCUUUCUCAAUUACUCGACCUCGACUCGGCGGCGUUCACCGAGCUCGUCCAUGCCCGUGCUCGCAGACGUUUCCAGCGUGGCUUGAAGCGCAAGCCUAUGACGCUCAUGAAGAAGUUGCGAACGGCCAAGAAGGAUGCCCCCGCCGGCGAGAAGCCCGCAGUUGUCAAGACCCACUUGCGCAACAUGAUCAUCGUCCCCGAGAUGAUUGGCUCAGUCGUCGGUAUCUACAACGGAAAAGUCUUUAGUAAGUCUCUUGCCCUCCCGAACCGGCGCCUUCCUCCAACUGCCGAUUACCUCGAACGAUUGGCUUUCCCCGGUGCUCACCAUGCCCUACCGUCCUGACUUGCUCAGACGCUGUCGAGAUCAAGCCCGAAAUGGUCGGUUUCUACUUGGCCGAGUUCUCCAUCUCUUACAAGCCCGUCCGCCACGGUCGCCCCGGUAUCGGUGCUACCCACUCGUCCCGAUUCGUAGGUUUCUUCGAGCACCGCCAUCACCUAGGCAUGCGAAGCAAAUGUCAGGUCCUGACGCUAUGUGACCCACGCCGUCCCACAGAUCCCUCUCAAGUAA